CCAUCACGGAUAAACCCUGCACGGAAAGCCCUUGCAAGAACGGAGGCACCUGCACAUUUUAUUCUGGCAGUUAUAAAUGUAUCUGUUCUAGCCAAUUUACAGGAACUAAAUGUGAGCAUGAAAUGCUCCCUUGAGGGUGGGACUCUUGCUCAAGUCGACAGCGAAGCCGUCAACAACUAUCUCUACACAUUGAUGGUAAACACAGGAGCUUGGAUCGGAUUAGGUGAUGCUGAAUCGGAAAAUACAUUCAAAUGGGAGGGCUCGCAACAACUUGCCACAUAUACAAAUUGGGACACAAAUGAACCGAAUAAUGGCGGCGCAGAAUCGAAAGAAGAAGAUUGUGUUGCAAUAGCACCUCCUACUGAAAAAUGGAAUGACUACAACUGCAAAAGUACAAUAAACUAUUUCUGUGAACGUCCUCUUUCAAAUGAUCCCUGCAUAGAAAGCUCUUGCAAGAACGGAGGCACGUGCACAAGUCAAUCUGGCAGUUAUGCAUGUACCUGUACUAGCCAAUUUGCAGGAAAGAGAUGUGAGCAAUCAUGUCCUAGUGGUUGGAGCUUGUCAAGUGGUCGUUGUUAUAUAUUCAAACGUGCGUCAGUGAACUGGUCUACCGCAAAGAGCAAAUGUGCCCUAGAGGGUGGAACUCUUGUGCAAAUCGAUAGCGAAGCCGUCAACGACUAUCUGUACACAUUGAGGAGUAACGAAGGACAUGAAACCGAAGAAGCUUGGAUCGGAUUGGGUGAUGCUGAAACGAAAAUACAUUCAAAUGGGACGACUCGCAACAACUUGCCACAUAUACAAAUUGGAGAACAAAUGAACCGAAUAAUGGCGCAAGAUUUACAGACGAUGGCGCAAGAAUUGCAGACGAAAAUUGUGUUGAAAUGAAAGCCAAUAAAAAAUGGAAUGACAACCUCUGCAGUAAUGAAAUAAGCUUUUUUUGUGAACGUUCUC